CAGCGUCCGACGCCAAAACAUCAACCCUCUCCUGGAGCUCGUCUGUUCCAUUUACCAGCCGAACCCGACGACGACGCCGACCUGGGGCCUGAACGGUCGCAUAAGAGCAUUUGUGCUACCGCCGACCGCGCCUAGUUUCGAACGUUGCUCGCCGGGUUCCAAUUGCCAACUCCGUCAUUCAAAUUCGAGCUCUCUCCGAGAUGCCCUCCUUCAUGCUUAAUUCGAGCACGGUAACCGAUUCCCAAUCCUCCGACGUCGUGCAUCUCGACCAGGCCGCCGACUACGGCUCGUCCCAAGGCAAGGUCAAUGGGCACAUUGCUCGCCAGCCGCACUCGCACACGUCGACUGAAAGCUUCGACGGGAGCUCCGCGAAAUCGAGCAACUCCUCCACGACAUCCGAAACCUCGAUAGAGCCAGAGCAGCGGGCGACCAAGAACUUCUCCCACGCACAGAGCAUGAGUGCAUUGCCGAAUGGGAGCAUUAGCGGAGGAAUAAACGGGGUGGGUGCUGGUGAUUCUGCGAGCCGGAACCCACCAGAGGUUGGGAACUCGACGACGCUGGUAGAUCGGACGAUCUCCGCUUCGGCCACCGGGACGAAGGUAGAUGGUCGCCCGGCCCAGGACCCAAACGGUGCACUUCCGCGUACGAUUCCCAGGGCAGAUUCGACGACCAAACCUGGGGUUGAGGUAUAUUUGCACCCAGUCAUUAAAGGAGACGUCCGCACCGUGGAGAACGGAUCUGCUACCCCGACAGCCCCUGCUAUCAGCGCUCCCACAUUGAGCCCUCCUUCUCCCAGCCCAGGAUCUAGCCAGAGGAACUUGAAAGCACCUCACCGGUUCUCGUCGCCUCCAAUAUAUGACCAAAACCUCAACUCGUCGGGGUCAUUGCAGCCUGCCCCCGUACCCGGGAUCAAGCACCGUCAUACUCUAGAGGUUCCCAAGGUCACACCUGGCCGCGGGUCGAAAGACGGACUUGAUACGGCCUACGCGAGCGGCAGAUUCUCUCCGAGCGGACCGCGCAGGGCAUCGUUGAGUUUGGCUAGGAGGAAUACGCGAUCCGUCCACUCGGAUGGGCAUCGUGAUGAAGUGGUUCCAGAUGAGGACGCUAUACGGUGGGCAGAGGCGUACAGGCAGAAGCGGGCCAGCAAGAGGAGGAGAAGGGAGAUCGAGGACGACGACCGGGUUCUGGUCGGGACUAAGGUUGACGAGUCGCACGCGAACUGGGUAACCGCCUACAACAUGCUGACUGGUAUCCGGGUGUCCGUGUCGAGAACCAACGCGAAGCUCGACCGCCCCUUGACCGACGCUGACUUCGAAGUCAAACAAAAAUCCACCUUCGACAUCGCUGGAAAUGAGCUGGUCCCGUCAGCCAAGUACGACUUCAAGUUUAAGGACUACGCUCCCUGGGUGUUCCGGCAUCUGCGCGCACUCUUCCGCCUAGACCCCGCAGAUUACCUCAUGUCGCUGACUGGGAAGUACAUCUUGUCGGAGCUUGGAUCACCUGGGAAGAGUGGAAGUUUCUUCUACUUCUCUCGGGACUACAAGUACAUCAUCAAGACCAUCCAUCAUGCCGAGCAUAAGUUCCUCCGCAAGGUCUUGAAGGAUUACUAUCAGCACGUCAAAGACAACCCAAACACGCUCUUGUCCCAGUUCUACGGCCUUCAUCGCGUCAAGAUGCCCUACGGCAGGAAGAUCCACUUCGUCGUCAUGAACAACUUGUUUCCGCCUCACAAAGAUAUUCAUCAAACCUUUGACCUGAAGGGCUCGACGAUUGGCCGCGACUACAAGGAAGAUGACUUGGAAAACAAUCCAAGGGCGACCUUGAAGGACCUCAACUGGCUCCGGCGAAAGAGACACCUCGAGCUGGGCAUUCAGAAAAAGCAACUCUUCUUAGAGCAACUGCAAAAGGAUGUGCGGCUACUGCAAAGAUUGCAGAUUAUGGAUUACUCUUUGCUGAUAGGCAUCCAUGACCUCCAACGGGGUAACGAGGAGAACCUGAGGGAUAAGACACUGCGCGUCUUCAACCCAGGCCGCAACAACACGCCAGAGGACUUUGAUCCUCAUUCGGUUCUGAUGCGGACCCCAUCCAAGCUGGAGAACCAACGCAAGGCGAGGGAGCUCCGGCAGAUGAUCCAAUCCGAAAAGCCGGUCCCGAUGGGCGAGACGAGUAGCAGAAUGCCCGAUGAGCUUGAGGAAGGGCAGAGCCGGCCAGGGUUCAUCUUCAACCAAGAUGAUGGCGGCUUCCGCGCAACGCACGAGGACAAUGCUCCCGGGGAUGAGAUUUACUACUUGGGGGUAAUUGACUGCCUCACCCACUAUGGUAUCAUAAAGAAGUUGGAGAAUUUCUGGAAGGGCCUUUCAAGUGAUCGCAGCCAGAUCUCGGCCCUACCGCCGCAUGAAUACGGCGAGAGAUUCAUCAACUUCAUCUCCAACGUAACCAUGUCGCCGGAGGAAGCUGCCCGAGCCUGCCAAGAACGAGACGCUGCGCUGCAAGCCGAGGCCGCCGCUGCCCGUCCGCCUGCGCCGAACUAUCAGCCUCCGUUGCCACCUUCCUCUUCCCUCGGCACUGAAGAUCACGCGCCUGAAAGGACCCUGAGGACGACGUCCGGUCAUGCCUCGAAUGCUCCGGGAGCUGAGCGCAGAGAGGCAACAGUCUUGCCGGUGGUUGAAGAGGCUGUCGAGGGCCCGUCGACGGGAGACCGCAGCCGGAACAGCCGGGUUAGCAGCCUUCUGACAGAGAACGAUUACCGUCCAUUGACCCCCGCCAAGGACGGCGACGAAAUGGAACCGGGGUUCGGUAACCCGAUUCUUGGAACGCGUAGCGGUAGCAGGGGCAACAGCACCAUAACACGACCGCCGCCAACCCCGCCAAAGACCGGGUAUGGGUUUAAUGGACAACAAAAGCCGGAGAGUGCCGACAGCGGCUACGCCAUUGGCAGCAACGGCGGCAGUAACGGCGGCAGUAACGGCCGUCUCAAGAGUCUUACCGGUUCUCAGAAGUCGCAGAAUCUUCGGCCGUCGAUCAGCCGCGACAGCCUGGACAAGGCUUUGCCUCCGCUUCCGAAAGGAGGCUCUCCGCUUUCACAGAAUGUGUCCUAGUGUGACGACAUUCCACCGUGUGUGCGACUCGCGCAAAGCAUGGGCACGCGGGGGGUCUUGGUGCCGGAGAAAGGACCUAGUGGAAAGGGACGGGAGUCGGUUCGACAAAGGUUCUUAGGGAUGGUGGCGUCGAGACGAGCAAUGCGCACCUUGCGAGCGGCUAGGACGACGGGACCCUCGGGCCCGGGAUCAACCUGAAGACGCUGGGGAGACAGAGAGGGUAACAGCUGGGACUGUACGAAUUCGAUGGCUUUUGACCUUUUCCGGUUGUCUCCUUGAAGAGCAUGAUACCACAUCGCAUCGACCAGCAUAAACAUCAGGUCUCUUUUGUCCUUUC